GCGAUUGUGAGAAGGGAAACGCCUGGGCGCCCCGCUUCCUGUCUCGCGCUGGCGCUCGCGCGGGUGACGUCGGCUUCCGAGGGGAGGGCGCCAGCCUAAGGAGGAGGAAACGGGCGGCGAUAGGACCCACCCGGCCGGGGAUGCUCUUGGCGGGCUCCCUGCGGGCGGCGUCGAAGAGGCAGGGGAGGAGGAGGAGCGGCAAAGGCAGCGGUGCGGCCUGGGCGGCAAGCGAAGGAGCCGAGCGGAGAAACGAAAUGGAGUGAGUGAGUGAUUGAUUGGUAAAGAUGGAGAGAGGCAGAGGAGGAGGAGGAGGAGGAGGAAGGAAUGUGGGGGGCUCUGGCCUACACAGGAGCAUUUACUCCCAGUCCCAGCAGCAGUAUCAUUAUCCCACAUCCUCUUCUCAGACGGGCUGCAUGGAAAUCCAGGAGCUAGCCUCCAAAAGAGUGGACAUCCAAAAAAAGAGGUUCUAUCUGGAUGUGAAGCAGAGUUCCCGAGGCCGUUUCCUGAAGAUAGCAGAGGUCUGGAUAGGAAGAGGCAGGCAGGACAAUAUCAGGAAAAGCAAGCUGACUCUGUCCUUGUCAGUGGCUUCUGAAUUGAAGGAUUGUCUGGGCGAUUUCAUUGAACAUUAUGCCCAUUUGGGUCUAAAAGGCAGCCAGACUCAUCGGAACGACCAUGCUAAUGGUAAAGAACAAGAUUCAAGAAGGCGCCAACACCAUCACCCACCAUCGCCUCCAGCAUCCGUUGGAUCUGAAGAGCAUCUUCACAGUGUUUUAAAAACGGAAUAUAUUGAAAGAGACAACAGGAAAUAUUACCUAGACCUGAAGGAGAACCAACGUGGACGUUUCCUCAGGAUAAGGCAGACCUUGAUUAGAGGACCUGGCAUGAUAGGAUAUUUUGGUCACAGUUUAGGACAAGAACAAACUAUUGUCCUUCCGGCACAGGGGAUGAUUGAGUUCAGGGAUGCUUUAGUCCAGCUCAUUGAAGAGUAUGGGGAAGGAGACAUAGAAGAAAGGAGGAGUGGGGGAGAUGAACCUCCUGAACUCCCAGAAGGGACUUCCUUCAGGGUGGACAACAAGAGGUUCUACUUUGAUGUGGGGUCCAACAGGUAUGGUAUAUUUUUGAAGGUAAGUGAAGUGAGACCUCCAUACCGUAACACCAUCACUGUCCCCUACAAGGCAUGGACAAGAUUUGGGGAAAACUUUAUCAAGUAUGAAGAAGAGAUGAGGAGAAUUUACAACGGUCAUAAAGAGAAAAGAAUGGAUACCAGAGGGGACAGUGGUGAAGAACAAGAGGGUCUUGAUUAGGAUGUUUCAACGGGCCAAAAAGCAAAAUGAAGAGUUGGCUAGUGGUAUUGAUCUGUAGUAGUUGGAGGAGGUUGCCUUUGAUUUUGUAAGUUAUCCCCUGUUGUAAGAUAAUUUCAGUACAUACGAUAUUACAGAGGUGUGUUUUUUCAUCUAAAAGUGUACCCAGCGACAUCUCUGUGAUUUCUUACAGAAAUAACUUAACUGGCCAAUGGAUCUGAUGAAAUUAUGUACAGUAACACUAAAUUUGUUAAUGCCCUCUUAUGUAUAAGGUUUGUGUUGCAAUAUAACAUGAUACAACUAAGAAAGAUGGAAUUGAUAUCAUUUGAUCUUAACCACAGAGCACUUAAUGACUAAAACUGGUAUUUACAUUUAAGUGGUUUAUUGGGAAAAUAUCUUUAAAUAAGCAAAUCUUUUGCUUACUUUGCAGUAAAAAAUGAGGGGAGGGGAAUCACACCUCUGUAUUGUGAUGGCCGGUGGUUAAUUUCAUGGUUACCCAAUGUUUUGAUAGCUCAGUAAUUUAAGUGUCCCAACUAUAUAAAUCCAUGUUUGAGUUAAUAGGCCAUUUCAGAAUAAUAUUGACCAUGCAUCAUCCAUUCUAUAUGGAUUACUUACAUCAUGUGAAGAGAAUUUAUUUAAAUAGUGUAACAAAAUUUCAAAACCUAUUUUUGUAUUUGUGGGGUUAAGGGGUUGCUUUGAUGUGCAAUUUGGUAUUUGAUUCAUGGUUAGGAUUGAAAUUCUAAAUUGGGUGAUUAAAUGUGUGCAUGAGAAAGAGAUGUGGAAAAGUAUUAGAAUAACUUUUGUUUUUAUCUUUAUACUUUGGGGGGAGAAAGCUUUGAGAGAUUUUGGUGCAUCACUUAAUUGGUAUGAAGCAGAUCUCUGAAGCAUUCGGCAACAGCUACCACCAUUUCCAUUAUAGCUGUUGCCUCUUAAAUACUUAUUAUUCUAAACCAUAAUCUACACUUUUUAAUUUUGUUAAAAUGCAUCUAGAAAUAAUACUAACCAAAAUAAUUAUUUCAGGUUUUUUUAGUAUCAAGAAAAUGGUUGGAAAAGCCUAUGGAAGUGGGGGCAGGAUAAUUGUGAUAUUUUAAUUGGCAAAAGCGUCUGAUAGAGCUGCAAUCUUAUGCCAUCUUAUCUGAGAGCAAGACUCACUGAAUACACUGGAAUUGAUGUCUGAGUAGAUGUAAUUAGGAUUGCACUUUAUAUCAAAUUUUGAAUUAGACCUAGAACAUUCUGCCUUCAAACCAUAAAGCAUGUGCUUUAGACCUUAAUACUGUGUAACUAUGUCUCUAUGUACAAGAUGUUUUACAUGUACAGAAAUAUAACCCAUAGUUCUUUUCCAAUUAUUCCCAUUUGAUAAUUUCAAAUCCAAAGAAAAUUAUUUUUCAUAACCAGAAGCUGUGGUAGCUUCACUUUUUUUACUACAUGCCAUUUCCAUACCACUCUAAAUGUAUGCUGUGUUCUCCUUUUUUUCAGAGUUAUUUGUGAAGGUGGAAAACAUAGCCCAGCAUUUAUUUUGGUGCCACAAUAUUUUCAUUUACAAACAAAAGGAAAAGAAUUUGCACCAAAAUCAUCAAAGAGCUUUAGAAAUGUGUGUUACAGUUGUGACAGAGAAAAAGAAGAGUAUGGACUUUAAUUUCACUGUUUUAGGUGAUUUGCCCAGUAUAUGACAAUUGAACCUAUUGAGAAUGUGGUCUAGUUUCAGAAAUAACAAAUAUCCAACCUAAAACUAAGAUUUUUUAAUUUGGGGAAUAAGGAGUUAUUGGAAAUUAUACAUUAAUCUUGGUGUGAAAGAGGGGUAAGAGUAUAUCUGGGGAGGGAACCCGUAGAUGUAAAAUGAAAGUGUUUUGUAUAUGUUGUUGAUUUGAUAAUUGUAGUGAUUUGACUGAAUCUAAAUUACCACAUUGCUGAUUUAUUGCUGCACAUCCUGUGCCUGCAUAAUAGCAAUGGUGCCAGAUUCCAGAACAUGGGAUACGUGAAUGUAGGAACUCCUGAUGCUCACAUUUUCCCAGCUUAUAUCUUGCUAAAGGCAUUUUCUCACGCAUUUUAUUUUAAAAGGACAAUUUACCAGUCAAUAUAGUAGAUAUUUUUUGCUGCAAGUGGGAAUUACAUGGCCCUCCAUGCAUUUUUGGAUUGUAACCUGUAGAAGUCCUUAUUAUCAGCUGUGGUGGCUAAGACAGCUACGAUUUGUAGUCAAUAUCUGGAGGGCCACAUUAUCCCAAUUUUCAUUUUACUAGAAAUUUUCCAUAUCUUGUUAAAUAUUUCACAUAAACAUUUUGUAUUGUUUCUGCAAAUUUUUAAGUGAUAAAGUGUACUGUAUAUACUCCUGUAUAAGUCCAGAAAUUUUAGCUAAAAAUCAACCCAAAGAACCCGAGUUGACUUAUCCUUGGGUAAUUGUACUGUAAGUACCUUAACUUAUUUGAGUAGAGUGGCAAAAGGUGAGAAUUUAAUCCAUCCAUGGAGAACCAACUGCCUCUGCUUUUUCCAUCAUGGCACCACCUCUGGCCUUUUUGAAUGCCUAGGUGGGGAAAUGGUGGCAGUAGCUGCUGGUCCUCUAUAGCCAGUGCUAGCACUUUCCCCUCUCCAUGGAAUGACCCUCAUCUUAUCCAUUGGGCCUAUCGAAAUCCAUAAUUUGGCCUCAAAACUAUCCCUCAAUUUAUGUGUGAAACGCAUGAGUAUAUAUGAUAUUAAUUUGGAUGUAAUAAAUAUUUGAGAAAAUGCAUUUCUUCAACAAUUCUUUAAAAAAUCCAGUAACUGUGAAAUGUUUUCCAACACCACUUCAUUCAGAAUGCAUAUUAGUUUAUACACUGGCAUGUGCAAACUUCCACCAUUGUUAUCUCUAUCUUGUUUUCUGAAUUGAGCCAAAUAAUAAGUACAUUGGUUGCAUGUUGUUCUCUUUCACCCAACUCAGAUUUCUGUAUCCUUGUGCCCUUAAAUAGGGCUCAAUUUUUUUUUAUUUGUAUACAGGCACAGGGUGCCAAGUUCUUCAAGUCAACGACUACAAAUUUGUACCAAUGUGAGCAUCUGGGACUGACUACACAUGAGCCUUAAAAGUUGCCACCUGCUCUAUAUAAUUGACAUAACUUUUUUUAUUUAUCCAUUGUAUGUUACUGGUUUUGUUCUUGUCUUCAAAUCCAAGGUUUAUAUGGUCAGAUUUACAGUGACAAGAGCUUAAAUGGUAAUUUUGGAGAGACGGUCUUUAUUCCUGGCAGCACAUUUGCAUCUUUGGAGAGUGGCAAUAACACGUUAAGUAUUUGUUUGUGGAAGGGCCUGUUAAAAUGUAAAGAAAUAUUCUUUGCACCCCCCAAAAUACCAUGUCCCUUAAACUUGAGAAAAAACACAAGCUUAUUUGCACUAAAAAGCGUGGCCAAAAACAAUUCUAGGAGGGCAGGGUGGAUAAAUCAGUUUGUACCUCUGAAGUGAUUUGUUCUCAUGGGAGAAUUUUCCAUUAAAGCCCUGACCUCUCGUUUAAAACUUUAUGGUCCAGACAGAAAGUCUGUCAGUUUUGUGAUUUCAUAAUAAUGCACUUUAUAUUUUAUAACUAAUAGAAGCACAUUUCUGCUACUGGUUUGGUACAAUGUGUUUCAGUAUAACUUCUACUCUAAAUCAGUAUAACAAUGGCCUUCUGCAUGCAUGUCUGUACAUGAUCUAUUGCAAGGACUAGAUCAAAUUAUAUUGACAUGAUGGAGAAGAAUAGGCACAAACUAAAAUUUCAAAAUGUCAAGGGCCUGUGAUUUGAGAAAUGUUGAGUCCAAUGCAGUAGACUUGAUGUCAAUAUAUAUGAAAGUCAAAUACUUCAACUGAUUUUCAGAUAUCUUAUUCCUGCAACUGAUGCAGAUGUGGGUAAAACAACCCUGCAGUUUUGCCAUGUUGUCACAUACCGGUAAUCCUCUUUUCCCUUAAAAAAAAAGUAUUGUAAGGGAUCAGAUUUUGUGUGGCAGGUAGGCCAUUUGUGCUGACUGUAUCUCAUAUUAUACAGCCUUGCUUUUUUUGCUGAAGUACAAAAGUAGAAAGUUAUUAUGAUUAGUGAUACAAAAGAGUUCCGUUGUGCAGUUAAAAUGCGAAGGAAGUACUUUGUAUAAUGCAUCAUACCAAUUCUAUAAAACCAAGGAGCUUUAGAUGAAAAUUUUGUAGAACUCCAUUUUGUUCUGAUGCUCAAGAAGCAAAUGUAGUAAAAUCUGUCAAAGCCUGACACAUGUAAAAUUAGAUCUUAAAAUGAGGUAUAAUUUCAUAUUAGCAAAAACAUCAUUUGUAUUUUAUUAAUUGUGAAACAUGUUUAGCUUAUAAUGCAUUCUUCUAAGAGCCUGUUGAUUAUGAUCUUUUCUUUUUCAUGUUCCAGUAUUAGUACAGUAUCUCCAUAGGUUUAAUUAAUUAAAAAAUGAGUAUCUCUUCUAGCCUAACCCCUUAAAGGCUAUUAAAAUUUUACAUGAUUUUCUCAUGACAUUUUUUCUUUAUUUACAACUAAUAUAGAAAAAUAAACUUAUGAUAUAAGAACCAAACUCUUUCUGUUGCUGCAAUACAGUUAAAUGGCAGCAAAGUAUAAAGUCACCUAGUCAAUUACAUGAUCUUUCAUAUAUUUCUCAUUUAAGUGGCUAAAGCUGAAUCAAAUGACUGUUGACCAAAACAUCUGAGAUCCCUUCCUCAAGCUAUCUGACCAGACAUGCUAAGGUGAAAGUUAUUCUCAAGUCAUACAAAGAUGUGGCUAGUAGUUGCUUUAUUUGUAUUGCCACUCUUCUCAGCCAUUACUCACAAUAAUUAUUGUUGGUGUUUUCUGUCUACUGACCCUAAACAGCCAAUUUCUCCACUUAAUUGCAGAGCAGAGAAAAUUAGAACUGCUUCCAUUUAGGAGGAAAAGAAUAGUGGAGGCACUCCCAAGAAAUGUAGAAGGCACACAUGUUUGCAGUGAUUUUACUUCUAAUAUAUUCGUAUUAUUGGAUGUCAAGCAGUUCUCUGCCUGUACCAGAUUCACUCAGUUUAAAAAUGAAAUUUACGAAUCAACCUUGAUUAAUCAAAAAAGAAUAAAGUAAUUAUAAAUAGAGAUAUCACAAAAAUGUUUAGUUCACUCAGCUAUUUUAAGAGAUUUAAUCUUUAGACGCUGUUUAUUCAAAAUAAUCUUUUAUUGUGUUACAGAACACAGAGAGGCAAGCCUAUCUAUAGCUGAAAGGGAGGUAGGGAUGGAAAAAAAACCUUUUAACAAUCUGAAAUAAGGAUUUUAAAGUGCAGGUAGAAGGCAUGCCAUUGGAUACAAUAGCUUUUCUUACAAUGGUCUAAUAUGUUUCAAAAUCAUAUUUAUAUAUGUAUGAAGAAAAUCAUUGGUAGUUGACUUCAAUAACAUGUGCUUGUAGUGAAUUUGUCUGCAUUAUUUCAUUGUGUUCACUAAAAGAGCUUUAAAUCUCUGUAGGGAAGAAAACCUGCAUAAUUCAGUGAAGUUAUGAUCAUUUACUUGUAAUUCUGUUAAUUGACAUUGUAGUAAUUUAUUCCAUGGCCAUGUGUUUGUCUUUAUUUGUUUAACUCCACUGUAGAUUAUCUGCAAUUUGGAUACAUGAAUUAAGCUCCUUGUAGCCCUACUAUGACAGUAGAAAUAGAUCUAUAUGCUAUGUGCACAUUUUAAACAUGUUGCAUUUUCUAGUGAUGCUUCAAAAUGAAAUUGAGUUUUCCCAUGCCCUUGCAUUCAGAAUUACAUUCAUGUCCUAAAUAAAGCAAUAAUGAAUUAGAAUAACAUGCUUUAUUUGCUUAAAGUCAAGUGAAAAUUGAGGUCACUUUUUUCAAACUAUGUCCAGUUCUUGAAGGCAUUGUAGUGACAGAUGAGAUCUAUAUUAUUGUUGUUGAUGUUGAUGAUGUUGUUGUUUUGCAAGCAAGAAAAACACAAAUUUUAUUGCAUUUUAAUACCACUGUUAGUGAUACGCUAGCUCACAAUUUAUAGAACUGUUUUUAUACAUUUAUUUCCUGAUGAAGAUAGGCUCAGUUCACCUGUAACAUCUGCCUUCCUUCAAACAUUGCUUAGAGCAGUAGACAACUUCAGGGGACUGCACCCCUCCAUCAUGACCCCCUUUUUUUUACUCAUUUUCAGUGAUUCAUUCAAGGUUUUACUCUGCCGUCUGCAGGAUAUUUGGAAGGGAGCAAUUUUGCCAAACUUAUUUUCUGUUUUGAACAGUUUUAGCUUCAUAAGAAGAACCAGGAAGUAAACUAGAAACACCUUACUUCCUGCUUUUAAAAAGUCCCUCUUAGGAUGGAUCUACACUGCAAUAUAAUCCAGUUCAAAGAGGAUAAUCUGGAUUUUAUAUGGCAGUAUAGAUGGGGCCUAAGACUAAAGCAGCCAGGGAAAUCAUGGCAAAAUCACCUCUGUAGAGAAGGGGGUUAGAAUGAAAAAAGAUUCCCCUGAAAAUAUGGUGAUGGGAACUUUUGCAGACCGCAGCAAUAUUCUGGGGAACAGCACAUGCAACCCAAGGGUUGCACUUUUCCCACCUCUGCUUUAGAAGCAUUGAGUGAAAAAUUCAAACAAGGUCACGAUUAAUUACUUCUGUGAUACUAUUUGAUCUCUUUUCUGACUCUGUUAUCAUCUGCAUCUUUUCUUUGCUGCUAUAGAAGGGGUGGGGAGAAAAGUUUGUGGAUAAAAUUCUCACUGCCUCAUAUAUAUGUUGUACUGGAUUGUGCAAAAAAUUCCUGCCUCCCUCCAAUUUUUUGAAAAUCUUCACCACAUUGAUUCUGUAGUUGUGAAUGAAUGGAAGCAUCCUGUUCCCUGUCCCCAGCUAGUAGUGUAAGGAAGCCAGGGCUCCCAAUGUUGAUGCCUUGGGACAUGUUGGUGAACAGCGGUUUGGCAUCACUUGCUACCUGUGGGACUGUUUCCCUCCCCCCACAACUGUAAUUCCCACAGUGACUGAAGGUGAAAUUGAUUUAGCAAGUAACUAUGUAUUGUAAGCAUCAGUGUUGCAAGACAGUGAGUAUUGGACUACAUUUCUAAAGGUCAGUGUUCAAAUCCUUGUUCAAGCACAGGAAUCCACUGGUUGAACCUGGGCAAGUUGCAUUCUCUCGGCCUCAGUGGAAGCCAACGGCAAACCUUGUUUAAACAAAACUUGCCAAGAAAACACUAUGAUAGGUUGGCAUUGUUGAUGUUGUGUGCCUUCAAGUUGUUUCUGACUCUAAGAUGAACCUGUCAUGGAAUUUUCUUGACAAGAUUUGUUCAGAGAGGGUUUGCUUUUGCCUUCCUUUGAGGCUGAGAGAAUGUGGCCUGCCCAAGAUCACAUUUGAAUUUCCAUGUCUUAAGCAGGGAUUUGAACCCCAGUCUCCAGAAUCAUAGUUCAAUGCUCAAGCCACUAUAGCAUGCUGGUUCAAGGGUCACCAUAACCCAAAAAUAACCUGAAGGCAUACAAAAACAAUCCACAUUACAAUCAAAAUUAUUUGAGGAUAGAUUAGUCUUGAGUGAGCAAAUCUGUUUGUUUCACAUCUUUAUGUACCUUUAUAAUAUGCAAGCAAGAGGUUUUCUUACAUAGAUAUAUAGUUUCAAGCACCCAUCCCAAUAAUUACUCUUAAGACUUUGAUUUUCCUUUCCUCUCCCAUUUCUCAGGUGUGACUGAAAUAGUUACUUUGGAGAACCUAUCCUAAUGAUACAAGGCAUUGGCUUGUGUUCCAAAACACACACGUAACCCUAUUUGUUUUGUCAUUUUAUCAAGAUCCACAAAUGAUCGCAGUGAUAUAAAGCAAGCAUCGUAUGUUUCAACUGAAACAUGUCCCAAAAUGAUAAGUUGGAUUUCUUGCAUUUUGCAUUAUUGGCUCAAACUUAGGAAACAUUUAUCAACAAUUCUUGGCGAUAUUUACUUAGUGAUCUAUACCAGUAUAAUAAGAGAGGUAUUUUUUAAAAUAGUGAAAGAACUUAAGGCAAAAGAUGCAGUUAAUACAUUUGGAUGGAAAAUUUCCACAAACACUUAUUUGCAAAAUAAAUACGAUUUUUAUUGCGAAGGAAAAAUAUUAAUCCUUAGUUUUUUUAGCUACCAUUUUCCCUGCUGUACAAGUUAAAUGAAAAGGCAGCAUGGUUAUAAAGUGAGUGCAGCUAUCUGCUUCUGCAGUUUUGUCCCAUGUGCACAUUCAUGAGCACUAGGCUCUGAAUCAGAGUAAAUAUAUUGCACCUGAAUAGAUUUUGUGGCAGCAAUGAAGCCUUUGGCACUGAGAUGCUGGGCUGUGAUGAUGUUGCAGAGGCUGAGCAGUCAUGAUAUUGCCAACUGAGCACCAGAAGACAAGAGGGAAAUUUAAAAAUUGAAGAAGGAAGAGAAGAGAAGAAAGCAGAUGGAUGAUAGCAAGAGUCUAAGUAAAAGAGAAAGUUGAAGAAAAGGUAGACCUAUUGAGAGAUGAUAUUUUAAAGAAUGAUGAUCAGAUGAGGUCAUCAAUAUAAGAGAAAGUGUUAUCUAGCCAGGGAGGAAAUUGGAUGUGAAAGUUGUGCACAGGUAACAGGGGAAGAAGAGGGAUAUAGAAUGGGAAGAAAAGGAACCAGUGGCCACCCCCAUCUCCCAAAAGUCAGGAAGGGAGAAGUGUUCUCAUAGAAGAAUCUGAUACAUUGCAAAUAACCAGAAUGGUUGCCUCACAUCCCGGAUAAUACAGGCCUAUGUAGCUUGUGGUCAACUAUAUAAAAAUCUUUGAGUCUUGGUUACUCAGUUACUUGCUCAGUGAGAAGGAGUUUCAAAGCAUUUAAAGUGAAAAAUAUAGCUGAAACUUGGUGUGAUCAUAGUUCAAUAUGCUUCGCCUUUUCAUGUAUUCCCAUCUUUGGAACACAAGACUCAUAAAUAGUUAUAGUUAACAGUCUUGUGUUUAGAAUUAUAUAAAACAGUGAAUUUAGUUUGGCAGACACUUUGUGAAACUAAGUUAUAUCUUUUGUAACUCCGUCCUCCUUAUUUUUGCAUGAAUUGGGUGUCUGCAAACAGGCUGCAAACAGAGCGAUACAUGUGAACUAUUAAAAGAAUGUCAUUGUCACUGUAAUAUCAUUUUUAUUUACCCCAUCAGAUUUUUUGAGAAAGCUCAGUCACAUUGCAACGUGCACUGGAGUACAUUCAGUACUACAUAUGAAACACGGUUUCUUUUCUGGCCACAACAAUUAUCAGAUUUUGUUACUUUAUUCAAAAGUUAGACAGAAUGAAUUUAAAUUCUGAGGAGUGGAUCAGAUUAUGUUCCAUGUCUUAAUUUAGCACAAAUAGAUGUUAUACAAUUACUAAACAUAGUUUAUGAAGCAAAAUCUGCAGAUGUAUGAAGGCCCAAUCAACUUUAACCUGAAAAUAGUUACCUUUAUUCCCAAACAACAAGAGUUAUGUUUCCAUGCACAUAAUUGAGCUGUUACUGAAUUCUCCUUAAAAGAACAGAAAAAUGUAUUGCACCUAAGGCUCUGGAGUGUAGAAGAGGCUUAAUUAAACAUUAUUGGGGAUUGAUAUGUGCUGCAAUUGAGGGAAUAUCUGGGAAUAGGAGAGGCAGCUACAUAAGUAUUCCUUACUCUGUCAGAAUUAUUUAGGUUUAUGUAGCCUUAUCCUAUGUAUAUUACGUAGGUCAAUAACAUUUGUUGGGUACAGCAAGCUAAUGGCUGGACCCUCAGGGAACAUAACUUCAUCAGAAUGACAUAAGUAGGUCUGGUCUAGUGAAUUUUCACAACCUUGAAAAGUUGGUUUGGAUGACUAUCAGAAAAGGCUGAACUAUGACAGGAUAUCGAAAAAAUUAUUCAUAAACUAUGUGAGAACAUUGCUAAGAAAUCUGAUGAGGGGAGAAUGGAAGAUGUUACUAAAUGAGAACUAACAAAGGUGUACAUUAACAUCUAUUCUCAAAGGUGUCAAAUGAAUACUUGGGUUUGUCCAUGUGCAUUUCUCCAGCUUAUGAAAACUUAUUCUGAUCUUGAAUAUCUUGCCAUGGGAGCAAAAAUGUCUCCCACAAUUUAUACUCACAAUGAACAAGCCUUGAGAUACCUGAAAUAAAAUUAACUGAGAAACAGACUAAGUAGGAUGUUAAGAAGACUCACUCUUCAGCUAUUAACUGCAAGGAUGUGCCUAAACAGAAUGUACAAACAUUUCUGAAUUCUUUUUUAAUGAUGAAAAUAGAUGCUUUUUAACCUCUGUAAAAUGGCUAAGCAAAAUAGUGAAUGAGGAUUAAUGACAAAGACUCAGUAAUGUCUUUGUAUUCCUAUACCAGUUCAAUAAGGAUAUUUUCCUUUCUCCUUCUCAGUAUAGCCCCCCUGCUUCAAAAGGCCUAACCCAGAAGGUUCCCAUUUUCCUAGAACAGGAUUUUGGGUACAUGAGAGACUAUAGGACACAUAAGUCAAAGGCAAGGCCCGUGGGACGAAUCUGGCUUGCCACAUUAUUUUAUGUGGCCUGCAAGGCUUCGAAUUCCAGAGUAACCAUUACAUUCAUGCAAUCUUUCAAUUACAAACAGCCCUUUGAAGGCAACCAUAAGGCGCUUGAUGAAAAUAAGUUUGACACCCCUGCUAUAGGAUAAAAGAGGGUCAGUUAUUUUGGUGGAAAUUGCAGGAUCCAGUGGAAGCCCACUAUUGGAUCCCAUCUCCAUACAGCCAUUAUAUAUAAGUUAUACUAAAUUGCAUCCUUAAAUCCUACUACAGUUUUCUUCUUGGUGAUCUUUUGUUCUUGCUUUUUCUAGUUAUCCCUGUAAUGGAAGACUACUAAUUGCUAAUUGAGCACAGAACCAAAUGCAGUAAAACAAGUAAAUGCAUUUGAACUUAACCAGACUUUUUGGUCUUAAAAUAUAAUUUUUCAAGUACAUUCCAAGACCUACUAAAUUUUUCUGUUCCAACUGCAGCUUCUUAGACCAUUUGGAUAGCCCUCCACAUUCAGUACUUUUAGCUAGAAAGUAUAGUUCAGAUCUCACAAGAUAAGCGGCUUUACACAAGUAAUGUUUUUUCUGAACAAAAGAGUGUUUAGCAUUCCCAGUUAAUAAUUUUACAGGGAACGUGAGUAGUAUAGAGUAGUAAUUCCCUUGUGAGAGAAAAGGAAGCAGUACUGGCCCUGGAUUAAAGCUGCAUAAUUAUAUUUCAAAGUGCAUUUGUUUUAGUUAGUUUGUGUGUGUGUGUAUGUAUGUGUGUGCGCGUGCAUAUUUUAGUCAAGAAUGUUCACAUUUUGUCUUAAAACGUUUAUACAAUGUGCAAUAUAUCACAUAUACCCCAAACUGGCACAUGAAUAACGUGCAAGCAUUGUUAAUCUUGUAACAAAAAUUGGCUUUCACCCAGUCUGUUUCUGUUGGAUUGCUUGGUGUUUGUAGAGGCUGUUGAUGUAUGACAGGCUUUAAACAAUGACAAAAAAUUAUCUUCAGUUGGUGGCUAGCAAGUCAGAUAUUUGAAGAUUUAGUGUUUCCCAAUUCGAUUUCCUUUUUUAACCUUCAUGGUUAUGGAUGUGUUUUUUCUCAUUAGAUAAUAGAUACAUUUCAUCUAAAGGUUCUUGGAUGAAAUGGCCUUUCUGUGUAGUGAUGUAAAAAUUAUAAAAGAUUUUUCCUUUUCCUCCAUUUUGUCAGUAUAGUUUUGGACUGGUGAAAAUCAUAAGCAAUAAUUUUUCCCUUACUUGUUUGCUUUAUGCAUAAAUGACCAUCCUGUCUACACAGUAUGCAGCAUUCACAUACAUAGAUUUGCUUGGUGAAAACUAUCCUGUGGCAUCCUAAAGACUGAGAACAUGAUUAUAACAUAAGCUUUCGUAGGAGAGCCCAUUUCAUUAGACAUAGAAAAUAAUCAUACAAAUGUAUAUAUAUAUAGAGAGAGAGAGUCAGUACAGAAAAAAAUAUUUUUUUGUUUUCACAAAGCAAAGCUCGUGAGCAAAGGAGUCAGCAAUCAGUGUGUCCCAGUGCUAUGCAAAAUAGAAACUAAUACAAAAACUAUUCAGGCAGCAUCAAUAGCAGUCCUGACAAUGCUUACAUGAGAUAAAUAGGCAUAGUGUGAACAAGUGCUGGAAACACUCAGGAGAGACCAUUCUUUUCCACAGUCAGUCAUUCUAUGAAAUUAUUGAUACCAAGUUCCACAGAUUCAACAUCGCUAAUAAUUUUAUCAAUUGGAGGAUUAUCUGAUGUAUGGUUGUCACAGCAUAUCUGUAGAAGAUAUGAUUGACACAGUUCUGAUCCUUAAUAUUAUGGGCUUUCCACUUUUGUUCUUCUUAUUAUUGUUAUUAUUAUUUUGUUACUAUCAUUGAACACCAUUCUGCCAAGAAAAACCUGAAGCUAUCUUACAAUUAAAAUAUGCAAAAGAUAAAAACAAAAAUGUUUUAAUAGGAAUAUAAAACAUGUCCUCCCCUUCUAUCUUGUGCUGAGACUGAUAUAUUUAGCUUGUAUAAAGGUUUGUGAUCUGCAUAUUUUUUAAUGUGGCAUAAGCUGUUUACUGCCACAGGUACUGGCAGCAAAUGAUGACACAUGUCACAGUAAAGUAUGAGCCAAUGUGGCUCUGGUGGUAUUUGAUCCAGUACAUGUCAGUUGAGCAAAUAAGAGGAACAAUGUUAGAAUCAAGAGUGAAUUCCUUGUAUUGCAUUUCUCAUUUGAUUACUGGUGGAUGUUGACUUCCAAAACAAAUAUAUAAUAGUAGCUACUAAAGCUGUGCCAUUUUGGAAUUUGAUGGAUGGUUACUUUUUGGCCUUUAUUGCUUAAGCCAUUCCUUUGUACGUUUCCAUGAUUUAUCUGUUCUAUCUUUUCAACAGAUGGGUAAUAUAUAGCAUCUGUUUAUAUUGUAGUAUUUAAAGUUAAAAUGGGAACCUUGAGCUGUGAAGGGAGGCCCAUUUUUGGAACACAACUGCUUAAGAAAAACAUCCUAACACCUACUUUUCUACCAUGAAUAACAUUCACAAAGCAUACAUUUCAGAAUGAUUUUCUUAAGAAUUAUGAUUGUACUUUUUUUAAGGGAAAGUAAUAUUUCCUUUAUAUGGAGCAUUUUAAGAAUCUGCAAAACAAGAUGGUAUGCCAAAUUCCAUUGUAGAUCAUACUCAUGUGAGAUAUGAAAGUUCUGUUUAUGGCAUUCUAAUUGAUAGCCCAUUCAUACAUGUAAAUAAUUGAUUAUUGAAUAUCAGUCUUUCAGAAUAGGAAAUCACCAGAUAUGUAGAUAAUUCUGCUGUUCCAAAUUCAGCCUUUCCCACUUUGCUGUUAUGUGACCUUUGUUUUACUCAAGUUUUGACUAGUUGUUUUGGCAAACUGGAUUUUAUAGAUGUCUGUUUUUUAAUAGUAUCCAUUGUCCUGAAAAAAACCUAUGAUAUGAAUGAGUAAGUCUUCCACCUUGUGGCUGAAGAUGGUAUUGCACAUUGUGACACAUUUAAAUUUAGACUGAAAUCCCCUCAAGGUCCCCUUUGUAUCCAUCCCAACUUUCAAAUGUUUACAUUUUAUGAUAGUCGAAAAAUAGUGAAGACACACAUACUUUUAUUAUUGCAGAUUGAGAAUGUGGAAUAUAGUCCACCAAAGCUUAUGUCAUAAUUAAUUUAUUAGUGUUUAAGGUGCCACAGGCUUCUUUGGUUUUUGCUGCAAAAAAAACAAACAAAAAACUGGCACAGUUAACUCUUUUGAAACAGAAACAAUAAAACAGGCUUCCCAGGGAAUAGCAGAAGUGUAUCACUUGGAACACAAAGGCAUACUGGAGGAUAUCAUUCCCAGAUCCACUCUACAUGUUCUCUGGGCAGCAAAAAGAGAUUUUUUUUGUAAGAUCCGAUUUUGCCUAGCAAUCUUCUAAUGGUUUUUCUUCUCAAUUCAGCCAUGGUGGAGAAAACCUAUUUUCACUCUUCCUCUGAAAAAUAUAGAAAACAUUGGCAUAGAAUUUCUAGAUUCUUUUAUGAAAUAUUUUAAAUUAGUUCAGUCCUAGAGUUGAAUUCCUAGAGGCCAGCAUGAUUGUUUCCUCAAAUUCAUUAACAAUCACAUCCAUGUUCUGUUUCUCCCAAAGUGAGCAUAAUGUGUACAGACAUUUUGUAAGAAUCAUUAUGAGUCUAUCUUUUAAAGUGUUGUUUCCAAAUAAACCUCCCACAAACUGCACAUUGAGGCAUUGAUGGUGCAAUCCUAUAAAAUCUCUUGAAUGUUUGGCAAACUUUUCAGGGAACCUUCCGCUAGAUUUUUACUUCAUGAUAGCAGAACGGUGACAACACAGAAAGAUUUGUUCUGGCUGACUUGUAAUAAAUACUAGUAUUUUUGCUUUUCACCUGUAUUAUAGUGAGGGUUUAAGGACCUGUAUUAUAUUGUAAAGCUAUAUACAAUUUAAGUUGUUUGUACAUAACUGCAGUCUCAACAAUAGCAUUGCAUAUUUCUUUAAGCAUAACAAAUUGUAAUGUGGAGCAUUAAUGUGCUCUCUGCUCUUACUUUUACUCUCUUAAGUACCAUAACAGUCUAACUGGGUUUGGGAUGCUAACCCAAAUCGCGAUCAAAGAUAGCACUUUAAGUACUUGUAGUCACUUUUCUUCUUACUAUAUGGAGCACCGCACUUUUAUAAAUACUACUAGCACUGAGUUUUAAACAUAUUGUUUUCCCCACCCCAUUUUUGUAGUCUUUACAGGGUGUAUGUUUAAAAUAGGUGGUGGCACUAUGAAGAUAGUUUUCAUUAAUGUGGCCACCGCCUGAUGCCUAACUCAGUCAUAUAUUUAGGAAUUUUAUAAACGGAUAAAAAGUGGGUGAUAAUAAUGAAUCCAAACUAUAUUUUGUACCUUUAACAAAUCCUAAAUUGCUGACAUCUAUACUAAUCUAAAAAUAAAUCUAGCAUGGGUAUAUGCAUAGAUAAGCUUUCAAAAACACCAAAGACAUCAGGAAAAAAUUAAUGGACAAGAAGAGCACAAGACCUUAUGUUUAAAACUGAAAUUUUAAAACUUUGCAUUACCUUGACAGUAUGAAGAAUUAGAUUUGAAAUGCAGAGUUCUGUAUAUAUAAUAUUUGGUGAUGAUAGUUUUUAGUAUGGGGGAUUAUCAUGGAAAGACAGGAAAGCAGAGCAAGGGUUACAGUUUUACUCUGUGUGUCUGGAUUAUGUAGACACAUCAUAAAUCAUUGCAGUAAAAUACAGUACACAUGCUUCCAAAAAGGUCUGACAUAUUAAUGUAGUUUCAACCAUUUUUAAAAAGCAGGAUAGAACUAAAAUGCAUAUGAAUGGAUAGACAUAGAAAUUUCUAUGUGUGGUGCUGCAUUUUAGGAGUACUGUUAACUUAUGGAAAGUUUACUAAAAACAGAAGACUAUUGCUGCACAAUCGUCAUCAUUAAAUUUCUAUUAGUUCCCAGUAUAAAUACGAGGAUAUCUGUUCUGCUCUAAAAUAAACUGGCCUGAAAGAAGAUUGUAUAGUAUAAUAUAUAUAAACAGGGAGUUCCAGAUUUGUUUCAUGCUGUUAAACUAAGUAAUUGUUAAGAACUUGGCAAUUCUCAAAAAGUAAAUCAAAAGCCAAUACGGGACAUCCAUUAGUGAAACUGUUUCCAUCAAUAGAAAUGGAAGUGUAUGAUUUCAUCUCUUCAGCAUAGCCCCUUUUGCACCCCCAAAAACUGUUCAAAGGGCUGUAAAUUCUCUAUAACUGGUAUUUGGGUAGCACCAUGGGCUACUGGGGUGGUGAGGAAGAUGUCAUUUUUGUUGACUGUACUGCCUACAAAUAUUUCAGUUGGGGCCAAUUUAUGGAGCUGGUUUACAUCUGAAUACAAUUGUUAUCUUAGAUGUCAGUCCACAAAUAAUGAGAAUAUUUGUGAAAACCCUAAAAUAUUUUUGCACAUCAAUGUGAUUCUACCCCCUAAUCUGGCUAGCACAGUGCAUAUACAGAAGCUGGCUUUUGUGUGUGCAUCCCACGUUGGACUGGGAACUAUAAACUGAAAGAGAAGUUAGAUGGCACCAUUCAGAGUAGCUUUUGAAGCUGCCAUAUACAGUUCCUGCCACUGUGUCAAGAACCAUGAGUCCAUUCCUGAUUAAGUGAUUGACAUUAAAGCAGCAAUCAGGGACAAGGAGACCAAAUGAAAAGUAUCUUGAUUGAAGCAUUGCUCUUAAAAUGUUUAAUCAGACCCUGUGUCAUGUACUCAGUCUAAACUAAUAAGAGUAGUUGAGUUUUGUACAGCCCAUUUUCAUAACCGAAAUAGUCUUGAAUGAGCUUUAAGAACCCAAACAUCUCUAUUUGGAUUACAAUAUUGGCUUCAGCCAUAUCAAUUUGACUGUAGCCGUGAUAUUUUUCAGAACAAUCCUUACAUUUCAAUUAUUUCUCCCAAAUCCUGGACAUUGUUUGAAUGUCUUUUCUACCUUUACCUAAGCAUAUUUAUUCAUAAUAGCUGGCAUAAUUAGUCCCUUUGCUAACUGUAAUUACAAAUAUAUAUAUAUAUAAGUAUAUGAGGUGGAGAUUUCUAGAUUCAAACAUCUGUGUAAAAUCUGGUAGAGAUCUUGCAGCUUUUCUCCCCUGAGCUACCAUACACAGAAAGAAAGGAAGGGGAAAAUGUCGUUCACAAAUAAAUUAAGGCGAUGCAUUUAACUGAAAAGGUAGGGUCCAAAGGGCUACACAUGGUAUUCUUUACAGACUUGUAUGCCCUGCCUUCCUGCUACAAUUUCCUUAAAACAGUGCUCCAAAAGCAGGGGACACACCAGGGCUGUGUCCAGAAAGAUCCAUGUUGAGUCUCUUUGGAUCCAAAACAGUUUAAUCCACCCAUUUUGCUAGCCCAGUUUUGUGGAUCUCAUCUGUAGUAAGUGAAACAGUCUGCAGGUUGUAUUUUAUUUUGAACAUUUAAUAGAAGAUAACCUUUAAAAAGGAUUGGUGUCUUUCUUUAGCUAGAUCUCUCCUUUCCCCCCACUUUUCUUCUUUUAACCUGCAGUUAAAAUAUUCAUGUAAAAAUAUUUCUAAGGAAUAAUGUGCUGCUUUUUAAAAAGAUCAGAAUGAAAUUGUAAUGGCACGCAGGUAGUGUUUAACAAUAGUCAGUUGUGAUUUUUCUUUUAAUUUUUAACAGCAUGUGUAGUCAUUUUACUUACAUUUUUAGUAUUCUUCCAUAAAUAUGUAAAGGUAUUUUCACAACUGCACCUAUAAUCAGAGUACAACAUUACAACAGUCAAGUUAAUCAAAAAUCAUGUGCAUAGCAGGUAACAGUUUUUCCUCUGUGUGUAUUCCUUCCCACUGGUACUAUUUUUAAGUAGGAUAUUCUUAACCAAAAGGUGUGUUAAAGUCAUGGCAUGAAAAAUCGUAAAUGUAAAUGAGUACAUGUAAUGCUAAUUAAAGGAAUUUUCUUAAACCUAUGUGAUGCUUAAUAUUUUCCUUAGAAAGUUUUGUUUUAAAGGUAGAUCACUGUUCUGAAGGAUGUUGGUCCUAUGGAAUAAAAAUAAUGGAAAUAAAAUGCAUGUGUUACAAUUGUAGACAUGGUAAAGAAUUAAAUGUGAACUUACUGUACAAUACUGACUCUGUUUUCAAACAAUCUGUUUUGCUGUUCUAUUGUUAACAUAUAUUUAAAAAAGCAAAUGUACUGUUAUUUAGCACUUUUUUCCUAUGUACCCUGUUCUCUCACUAUACUAGAGGUAUGAAAAGGCAUAGGUGUGGAAUAUGUAAUCAUGCCUGCAUGAAUACUUUAAGGUUUGUGCUUUCCUUUUGAUGUGCAAGACUGGGCUCUGUAAGCAUCAUCUGACGUGCAAAACUCUCUUUCUUUUGGCUUAUACCAUUAUAGUAUCAUAAUUGUUUAAAGCCAACGUAAAAUUCAGGGUCUCUUUACAUGAUCUCUAUUCUAAAAGACAAGUAGUGGCAAUUAGAAGCAAUACAUGUCUUAAUUCAUAACAGAUAAUUUGUAGGAUCAUUUAUUUGAACCAUUAAACUCUUUCCUUGUAGUUCACUAAAUUAUGUCUUUUAAUGUGCUAGAAGGAAGGUAAAGAAGAUAUUUAUUGAAUAGAUUUUGUGGCAUUCUAGUUGUGUUAUCAGCUUGUGUUUGCCUUUGUUGCUAUAUAGAAUGGAAAACAUCACACUUACCAUAAAGUAGCAUUAAAAGCAUACCCUGAGAUAUUGUUAAGUAUAAGUGACAGGGUGAAUUAACACAACUCCAGUAUAAGAUUUAGAUAGCAGAUUAAAUACAGCAUAAUGAGAACUCUGAAGCUGUAAUUAUGAAAAAAUGGAACAGUAGGAACAUACAAGUAAAUAAAAGGAUUUUUUGUUAAUUAAAAAGUGAUGUGAAACCCAACAAUUCGUGGAUUCUGGCUGUAUUUCCAGAGAAAAUAGUGUUAAGGGCUAUUUCUUAUGUGCGUUGAGCAUCAGAGAUAAAACAUGUUUGAACGUUCUUUCACAUAAAGGAUGCAGUGGUUUGGUUUAUUUAGCAUGGAGGAACUUUCAGAGUUUUAGCCCUUACAUUCUGUAUUCUGAGUAGGGCUGAACUAUAUGCUUUUUGUGAUUAUGUACUUGAGUCCACAAGAUGACAAAAAGCUUGAAUGUGUGAAACUGUCUCCCAUUAAAAAUGAUAUUUGAGAUACUAUCAACUGAUCUGAAAGUUUUGAUUGUUCAAUAAAGUUCCAGAUAAGGUUGUCAUUACUUACAAUUACAUGCAAUCAACAAGAUUGGGGCUGAAAAGAAACAUGUCUGCAAAUCUAUGAGGAAUUAGUGACAGCAGAGCACUAAUCUAGCCCAAAAAGCAGGAAGUACCCUAUAUACUCAUGGAUAUGUCUAGAAAUUUUAGUUAAAAAAUCUGAGUUGACUUAUGCAUGAGUCCAAAAAGUAACUAUCCCCUUCUCUGAGUAGAGUGGCAAAUGGCAAGAACUUAGCUCAUCCCAGGAAAACCAACCCCUCUCUCUCAGCACCACUUUUGGACUCUUUGAAUGCCUGGACAAGGAAGUGACCAGGGACAACUGGCCUUCUGAUGCAGCACUGGUGCUUUCUCGUCAGUUUAGCCAUGUGUCAUAUAAAAAUUCAUAAUCUUAUACAUGACUAUAUAUAGCAUGUGCUAUAAAGCAUCAAGCAAGAAGUUGGAAGCUAUUAAGCAUCUAGGAAUUCUGAAAAUAAGGAAACACAAUGGAACAAUAUGUUGUUAUUUUUAUGAGGAAGUGGGAAUUAAAGGAGAAUGUGAGACUGAAAAUGCAAUUCAGCCACACUGCAAAUCUUUUGCAAAACUGUUGCUUCAACAAAAAAAGAGAGAUGGGUUUGAAAGGUUAUGUUCCAGAGGGAAAAAGACAAUGAAGAUCAUAUCUGGUGGUAGACUUUUCAUCUUGUCAAGCAAUUGAAAGAAAGUGGAAAUAAAGCAGUGAAAUGGAAGGGACUUCAAUAGGUGACACAUUCAGAGGGCAAUUGAAGUCAUGGUAUUGAAUAAGAUUAAAAUAAAAGCUCAUAGGAUGAAAAAAGAGAAUGAUAUGGAGAAUGUGAAGACAGUAAGAAAGAGAAUGGAAUCAGGAAGGAAGGCUACAGUUAUAGCAGAAAACAAAUACAGGAAAAGGUGUGCUGCCCAUAUGGCAAAAUACAAAAUUCUCAAACAGCAAUAUCUUUAUGAGGCAAACCCAAAAAGCAUGAGAUACAUUGAGCAGGCUUUUGAAAUAUGAAUGACAUCUCCAGGCAAAAGUACUAAAAUCAUAUAGAAAAAAAAAAGAAAUAUGAUAGAGUCACAUGUCUACAUUUUGUCAAGGUGUUUUUGUAUUGUCAAUUGAAAUGGUCUGGUGGAGUAUCCACAUAGACACAAAACACUCAAUUCUUUGGCAGUGUUGACUUGGAACAACAGCCUGGAUCUCAAUAGAAGUUAGGUACUUUUUCUGUUACUAACAGAGUUUAGAUUUUAUUGAUUGGAUUUUACAACUCUUUAUCUCCCAGAGCCAACAUGGCCAGAGAAGAAAGUGGCCUCUGCCUAACUGGAUACCCCUCCAGACCAUCUUAACUAAGAACAACAAAAGAAUCCUGACAAAAUGUAGACAUCAACAUUGAAAAUUUUCUUCUUCUCCUUUAUGAUUUUUAAUACUUUUGGCCAAUAAAGCAGCUAGUAGUGUUUUGAAAGCUUGCUGGAAGGAUUUUGUGCAUUUUUGGUUGAACCAAUAAAGAUACUGCUGUUUUAACAGCAGCACUAACCAGUUAAAACUAUGUGAGUUCAAUCUGAUUUUAAGCUUCAAUCCACAGUGAGAUCUCCCCGGCAAAAUUAAAGUCAAGACAAUUUUAGCCAGCUGCCACCUUCCACGUAAUUCAGAAGUUCACCCAACUCUCCAGAUACCCCAUAUAAUAAUGUAUAAGUCUAUAAAUUGUAGUGAAAAAAAUCAACCCAAAAACCCGAGCCAACUUAGUCACUUGUCAAUGUGUGUACUGUACCUUAACUCUUUAUCAAAAAAGAAAUUACCUCCUCUGAGUAGAGUAGCAAAAGGUGAAAUGUUAGACCAUCCAAGAAGAAAUUAAAAGAAACUGAGUGCCUGUAACUCUCUCCACCAUAGUGCUGCUUCUGACCUUUUUGAAUGCCUGGGUGGGGAAAAUGGUGACUGCAACUGAUCCUGAGGUGGUAUUAGAGCUUUCCUCUCUCCAUGAACUGACCCUCAACAUAUACACGGUCAUAUCAAAAUCCAUAAUUUUGCCCCAAAAUCUUCCUCGACAUAUACACGAGUAUAUACAGUAAUAUUUUCAGAGAGCACAAGGAAUUGCAAGACGAACCGGCAAAUGUAACUUCAAACAGUAGAGGCAUCCCCUGAGUAACCACCUCCUUUGGAGCUACACCUGAAGGAGGGAGACAAAUCUGAAACCAGGCUUAUGGCUUACAAUUUCAGCCUCGUUUUCUAUAUUUACAUCCGUUAACUGGCUGCUGUUAUUUGCAGAAGGAAGUGUUUUCAACUACAUACUAGGAGCUAAAAACAUACUAAAAUAGAACAGUCUGGUGGUCUAGAGCAGAUGUAUUUACAGUGCUUACUUCUUGCAGGCCUCACUUCAAAUUUUUAUGCUCCAUUUCUUUAAUUUCAUAGUCUUAACAAAAAUAACAUUGGCUGUCUAGAAUUCAGUAGUUAACCCCAUCAGUUAUUUUCUCUUUUAAAUGUAUCUUUCAAACUUGAUCACCUAUUUGAUAUUGAUCCAAGCCAAUCAAAGUGCUUGGAUAUUUGUUUUGAUGUUGAGGCCAUGUAAAUAAAAGACCCUGAAUUUCGAAGAGGGAUGAAAUAAGCCAGUCAACAAAAUCCCUGUGCUAAUCUCAAAAUGCAUUUAAAAUCUCCAGCAUACUCUAGUAUUAACAGGGUGUUCAGAUGUGACUUGUCAUGUACUGUACUCAAAGGUUCAUUGAUCAGUGACUGUAUUGUACUGUAUAAAUAAUCAUGAAUUGCCUUGUAUUGUUGAUACUAAGGCUGUACCACACAGAUUUCCAUGUUCCAAGUUUGUCAGCAAUGCAUGUUGCCAGUUAGGUCCUAAAACUAUGUGGUGCUAACUCUUCCAUAUCCAAUGGUGCUUUUGUGGAUGCUAACUGCUGACAUGCUGAGUAGGGCAGAGACUUGAUGUUGAAAAGUGUCUCAUCUGGUCGUAAAAUUAAAAAUCAAAACCAUGAUUUAAACUUGAAUUGUUUCACAGUACCAUUGACAAUCCAGUGUUUUGUAUGUGUAUAUUUUUUAAUGGAAUUCUUCAACUGAUUCUUCAAAAAGCAGCUCUCCCACAUCUCCUAUGAAUGGAUUUAUAUUUCCUCCAGGGAACAGUGUCAUCAUUUUGACUUGUCAGUUACAGUUUUUCCCAGUGUCUGAAAUUUGCAGAUGCUGGGCCUACUUAUAUAUUUUGAAAACUGUCAUUGCCUUGCAACUCUGAUUCACAACCAUAAUAUGGAACAGACCUGAACCUGACUACUAAAAAAUAUUUACUAAAAUGGGACCUUGUAAAUUCUAACACAACAAACUUUGAUUAUCCUGCUUAUAACGAUUUGUGGGAUCACAUGCAUUAUAUAGUCAAAUGUAGCUUUGUCAUGAAGGAUACAGCCAAAAGGGAGCUGCAGCUCACCAUGACUUCCUUGCUGGUGUAUUUGUCUAAUAUGUAUGCUUAUUACAUUCCAGUUUUAGAUGUAUGUUUGAGGGGAUCUUAAGUGUAAAUCUAAAAAUAUGUCAAGUGUCCCACAAGGGGGGGGGGGGGGGAGGGACAAAAUAAUCAAAGUGUUUACUGAAGACAUUUUAUUCAAUUCAGAAUCACAUGGGCAAAAUGAAAAAAAAUCAAUUUCUAAGUAAUUCAUUAACUUCAUUUCAGACAAGAUGGUUUAAGAUAGUCUGUAUCCAUUUAUAUUUUUAAAAUGCACACAUCUAUAUAUGGUGUUCCUAAUUUCAGUGUUGUUUAAAUAACUAUGAAAAAGAGGCAACGUUAUACGUUUCUCCAGUAAUUUCAGAUGUAAUUAUUUGGACCAUUGCAGUCAGUCACUACAGACCUAAAAUCUAGAAGCCUAGUUAACCAAAAUAUUACAGUUCAGUUUAUUGCAGAGUUGAUCUAUAUUUAUAAGGGACACAUUUCGCUUUUAUGUAGUAGUGCUGUGUUAUAUCCCAAAAGCUUUAGGCAAAUUGCAGUACUUAAAAUUAAAAUCAUGGAAUUGUUUUUGUUUGCUAAAAUUCCAUAUAGUACUUUCCAUUUUAGUUGCAAAUAUCCUUGAGCUGCUCUGUCAGUUGAUAAGAAUAGCAUACAGCUGGCUUUGUUUUGAAAUGGGAUGAAAAUGAACAAAAGCAAAGAGACAACACAAAGCUUUGUGAAUGGAAAUUCAGAGAAGCGGAAGAAGUUGAUCCAUAACCUUAGAAGAAUAAGAAAAUAUAUAUAGUGCAGCCCAUAUGCAAAACAACUUCUGAAAUUUAAAUUACUUCAGAAACGCUUUCAACAAACACGUUCUACAGACUUUCUAUAUGUACUCUAAGACCGAAGUAGUCAAAUCUUGCACUGCACAGUUUCCGAUUGUAGGUCUGAUGCAUGUAUCAGAGGUGGACAUUCAGAAUGUGAUAAACUAAGACAGGAUAGAAACAUGCUGUGUCUUUGUGGUGUGUUUAAUACGCAUUUAAAGUUGACAUUCAAACUACAUUUCACCUACUUGCAGUCAUAAAUUAUAUUAUCCAGAACUCUUAUCAAUGCAUCACAUAAUAGUAUUCCUUUUUGUGAAAAAUUAUAUCCUGUUAUACUAGUUUCUUCAUGGGAUCGUAUAGUUAAGAAAAGGAAAUAAUAGGUGGCAAGUGUAAGAUGAAGAAGUAAAAAUGAAUAAAUAUUAGCUCUUUAAAAAGUGUUUCAUAUUUUCCCCUUCAUUGUCCUCACUUGCUGAAGAUACAACAUUUUUGCUGUACUGGAUUUCCUGUUUUGUCACAUUUAACCUUUUUAAAAAGAGCUGCUUUUUGGAGGAAUAUAAAUAUAUAUAAAUAUAUAUUUGUCAGUUUAACGUCUAUUUGCCCAUUUCCAAAUGAAUUUACAUAUUGUUGUUUGCCACUGUUUGUUCUGUCUUACAAUAAAUUGCUUACUUGUGUAGUCUUAA